AUUUGAAAGUGGCCCCGUCAGCUCUUCUGUGAGGAGAGAUCGAGCCUUCGGGAUGGCUUCUUUUGUGACUGAGGUCUUGGCGAACUCGGGAAGGUUGGAGAAGGAGGAUCUCGGUACCAAGAUUAGCCGCCUGUCCCGCAGGGUGGACGAGCUGAAGGGUGAAGUGUGUGACAUGAUCAAUAAAAAAUAUGAUGAAUUCCUUCCGAGCAUGCAGAGUGCAGAAGACUUGGUGACACAAGUACAUGGCCUUGUCAGUGAUGUGGAUGUCUUGAAAUCAAGAAUUGAAACAGAGGUAAAAAGUGACCUUAAAGUUGCUGUAAAUGAAUUUACUGAACUGAAACAACAGUUGGAGAAAAACACUCUUAUUUUGGGGGUCCUCAAACAACUUCAAGAGUUUGACAGUGCUAUUGAGAAAUACAACUGCGCAUUGACAGGGAAAAACUAUAUCUCUGCAGCCCGACAUCUUCAAAAGGCUCACAGUUGUUUAAAAGUAUUAAAGUCUCGUAAAGGAUGCGAGUUGAAGCUGCUGAAAUCUCUUGGAAUAGAACUGACUGUGCAGAAACAGAAUUUGCUCUAUCAUCUCGGAGAAGAGUGGCAGCAGUUAGCAGUCUGGAAAUUGCCGCCAUCCAAAGAAAAUUCCAGCAUGGAGAUGAUACUAAAGACUGAGCUUCAUUUGUGUACUCUGCCUUCAAAUGAUGAAAGUGCAACUGUGCCUCUGCUGGCCUCGGUUCUUCAGGCAUUUGCAAUCUUGGGUGAACUGAACACAAAGUUGAAAUUCUUCAGCCAGCUGUUACUAAAUUACAUAUUAAAGCCCCUGGUGUCUUAUCCAUCCCUCCACGCCCAGAUGGAAACUCAACAACAGGGUGUUAUUUUACGCUUUGAAAGUAUUGAGACACAAUUGGAGCACCCACCUCCUGCAGAGGUUUUCAUCAAACUGAGACUAGUCUUUGAAUUACUUCAUAAGCACCUAUUAGAUGUACCCGUGGAAGAUUCCUCACAAAGUGGUGAGAAAGGCAUGGUGGUAUUGGCAGAAGUUCUUGGUGAAAUGAUUUGGGAAGAAAUCUCUGAAGCUAUCAUAAAAGAUUGCUUGGUCUACUCCAUCCCAAAUAACAGCAGUAAACUUGUUCAAUAUGAAGAGGUCAUAAAUGCCACAGAGGAGUUCGAAAAUGCUUUAAAGGAUAUGAAUUAUUUUAAGGGCGAUGCAACAGAUCUUCUGAAAUAUGCACAAAAUGUUAAUGCCCACUUUGCUAGCAAGAAGUGCCAAGAUGUGAUUGUCAUGGCAAGAAAUUUGAUGACCUCUGAAAUACAUAACACAGUAAAGAUUACACCCGACUGCAAAAUUACUGUGCCAGUACUUCCCAAAUCUGAAGGAUCUGAGAAGAUGAUAAAGAAGGAGAACCAUCUUUCACAAGAAGCUCCCGGUCUGGAGAACAAUGUUAAACUGAGUCAACAUACAUUUGCUCUCCCCACUUGCAGGAUCAGUGAGUCUGUGCAGAAGUUAAUGGAGCUUGCUUACCAGACACUCUCAGAAGCUACCACUAGUAGUAAACCAUGCUCCAUCCAGCUAUUCUACACAGUCAGAAACAUUUUCCAUCUGUUCUAUGAUGUAGUGCCAACGUAUCACAAAGAGAAUUUGCAAAAACUGCCCCAACUUUCUGCAAUCCACCAUAACAACUGUAUGUACAUUGCGCACCAUCUGUUGACACUUGGACACCAAUUUCGUUACCAUCUUCCUUCCCCUCUCAGUGAUGGAGCUGCUACUUUUGUUGAUAUGGUUCCAGGUUUCAGAAGACUUGGUACUGAGAGUUUCCUAGCCCAAAUGCGCUCCCAAAAAGGAGAUCUUCUAGAAAGGCUUUCAAAUGCAAGAAAUUUCAGCAAUAUUGAAGAUGAAGAUAAUUAUACUGCUGCUCACAAAGCAAUAAGGCAGGUCAUGCAUCAACUGAGUCGCUUGGGUAAGGUAUGGCAGGAUGUUCUUCCUGUAGCUAUAUACUGCAAAGCUAUGGGCACCUUACUAAAUACCGCUAUAGUAGAGAUGAUCAGCAAAAUUACUGCCUUAGAGGACAUCUCUACUGAAGAUGGAGAGCGUCUGUACUCCUUGUGCCGGACAAUGAUAGAGGAAGGCCCACUUCUAUUCACUCCUAUGCCAGAAGAAACAAAAAACAAAAAAUAUCAGGAAGAAGUAACUCUCUAUGUUCAAAAGUGGAUGAAGUUUAAAGAACAAAUGAUUAUAUUGCAGGCCAGCUUGCAGGAGAUAGUGGAUCGGUGGGCAGAUGGAAAAGGACCCCUUGCUGUGGAGUUUUCCCCUAGUGAAGUGAAGAACCUAAUAAGAGCACUGUUUCAGAAUACAGAGAGAAGGGCAGCCGCCCUGGCAAAGAUCAAAUAACUUGUAUAGCAAUUUCACCAUAAUGCCUGUAAAUUUUUGUACAUAAAGUAUGCUUCAGUGAACUCCAGUAAACAAGUUCUUAAGAA